AAGGUUAAAAACACUCUUUUAUGAAGAGAAGAACCCAAACUCCCAAUCUGGUGCGCGCGCGUGUAGUGUUGCGGUGGCCUAAUGAAGCUCCGACUCGUUUGCACGGCGGUUCCCGCCGCAGCCGCCACUACCACCACCGCUCCUUCUCUUCACAGACACUUCUCCGCAUCCAAACCGGACGAAGAAAACGACUGUCGUUUUGUGUCACUCCUCUGCGACAUCGUCCGAGGAAAGCAGAGUUGGAAGGUGGCUUUCAACGACGCUUCAAUUUCAUCCACAUUAAGACCCCAUCACGUGGAGCAAGUGUUGAUGAACACCCUCGAUGAUGCCAAGUUAGCUUUGAGGUUCUUCAACUUUCUAGGUCUGCACAAAAACAUGAACCACUCCACAACCUCCUACGCCAUUAUGGUCCACGCGCUCGUUCACUCCAGGCUCUUCUGGCCCGCGAAUUCCCUCUUGCAUACCCUUCUCCUUCGUGAGUCCCACCCAAAAUGCGUUUUUUCUCACUUUCUAGACUCUUACAAGCGAUGUAAGUUUUCGUCCACUUUGGGUUUCAAUUUGUUGGUUCAGAAUUACGUGUUGAGUUCAAGAAUUUUCGAUGCCGUCGUCAUUGUGAAACUCAUGUUUGCCAACAAUUUGUUGCCUGAAGUUAGAACAUUGAGUGCCUUAUUGAACGGGCUUUUGAAAGUUAGAAAAUUUAUCACUGUUUGGGAAUUAUUUGAUGAGUCUGUGAACGCGGGUGUUCGUCCUGAUCCUUAUACUUGCUCCGCUGUGGUUCGGAGCAUGUGUGAAUUGAAAGAUUUUCUUAGAGCGAAAGAGAAGAUUCGGUGGAUGGAAGCUAAUGGGUUUGAUCUUAGUAUUGUGACUUAUAAUGUCUUGAUUCAUGGGCUGUGCAAGGGUGAUCGAGUUUCAGAAGCUGUUGAGGUUAAAAGAUCUUUGGGGGGAAAGGGUUUGGCAGCUGAUGUGGUUACAUACUGUACAUUGGUACUUGGUUUUUGUAGGUUGCAACAAUUUGAGGCUGGAAUUCAGCUUAUGGAUGAAAUGGUUGAAUUAGGGUUUUCUCCAACCGAGGCUGCUGUGUCGGGGUUAGUAGAUGGAUUGAGAAAGCAGGGAAAGAUUGACGAUGCUUAUGAGUUGGUAGUUAAGGUGGGGAGAUUUGGUUUUGUGCCGAAUUUGUUUGUCUAUAAUGCAUUGAUCAACUCUUUGUGCAAAGGUGGAGAUUUGGAUAAGGCGGAGCUGCUUUAUAGUAAUAUGAGUUUGAUGAACUUGCGUCCUAAUGGCAUUACUUAUUCUAUUCUGAUUGAUUCCUUCUGCAGAAGCGGAAGGUUGGAUGUUGCAAUAUCUUAUUUUGAUAGAAUGAUACAAGAUGGCAUAGGAGAAACUGUAUACGCCUAUAACUCUUUGAUAAAUGGUCAAUGCAAGUUUGGGGAUUUGAGUGCAGCUGAGUCUCUGUUUAUUGAGAUGACCAAUAAAGGGGUGGAGCCAACUGCUACAACCUUCACAUCAUUGAUUAGUGGGUAUUGCAAAGACCUACAAGUGCAAAAAGCAUUUAAGCUAUAUAACAAGAUGAUUGAUAAUGGAAUUACUCCAAAUGUUUAUACUUUUACUGCUCUUAUUUCUGGGCUUUGCAGCACAAAUAAGAUGGCUGAAGCAUCCGAACUUUUUGAUGAAUUGGUUGAAAGGAAAAUCAAGCCAACAGAGGUGACAUAUAAUGUAUUGAUUGAAGGGUAUUGUAGGGAUGGCAAAAUUGAUAAAGCCUUUGAAUUGCUUGAAGACAUGCAUCAAAAGGGCCUUGUUCCUGACACAUAUACCUACAGACCUCUUAUCAGUGGCCUUUGUUCUACUGGUAGGGUUUCUAAAGCCAAAGAUUUUAUUGAUGAUCUCCACAAGCAGAACGUAAAGCUAAAUGAGAUGUGCUAUAGUGCACUUCUACAUGGUUAUUGCCAGGAAGGAAGAUUGAUGGAGGCACUGAGUGCUUCUUGUGAAAUGAUUCAAAGAGGAAUCAACAUGGAUCUGGUUUGCCAUGCUGUUCUUAUUGAUGGGGCUCUAAAGCAGCCAGACAGGAAAACUUUUUUUGAUCUCUUAAAAGAUAUGCAUGAUCAGGGAUUGAGACCUGAUAACGUAAUAUAUACAAGUAUGAUUGACACAUACAGCAAAGAAGGAUCUUUUAAAAAAGCUUUUGAGUGCUGGGAUUUGAUGGUUACUGAGGAAUGCUUUCCCAAUGUUGUGACCUACACUGCUUUGAUGAAUGGUUUAUGCAAAGCAGGUGAAAUGGACAGAGCAGGUCUUCUUUUUAAAAGAAUGCAGGCUGCAAAUGUCCCUCCCAAUUCUAUCACAUAUGGCUGUUUUCUUGACAAUCUUACAAAGGAGGGAAAUAUGAAGGAAGCUAUAGGGCUUCACCAUGCAAUGCUUAAAGGGCUUUUAGCAAACACUGUAACAUAUAACAUUAUUAUCCGUGGCUUCUGCAAACUGGGUAGAUUUCAUGAAGCCACCAAAGUUCUUUCUGAAAUGACUGAAAAUGGUAUUUUCCCUGACUGUGUUACCUAUUCAACUUUAAUUUAUGAGUAUUGCAGAAGUGGCAAUGUAGGAGCAUCUGUUAAAUUAUGGGAUACCAUGUUAAACAGAGGUCUCGAGCCAGAUUUGGUUGCAUAUAACUUGCUAAUAUAUGGCUGUUGUGUUAAUGGAGAGCUCGACAAGGCAUUUGAAUUGCGUGAUGAUAUGUUGAGGAGAGGGGUGAAGCCAAGACAAAAUUUACAUGCAUUUCUGAAGGGUAAAUAUAAGAGCACCAUUUAAAUUGUGGUAUAACAUGCUCUAAACCAAAGGUUUAGAACCUGUAUGAUGGUUGUUGCAGUAAUGGAGAGCUCAACACAGCAUUUUAGCUGCAUCAUGAUAUGUUGAGAAGGGUGGGUGAAGCCAAGGCAAAAUAUACAGAAUCUCUUGAGGCUGAGUUAUCUUGAAAAGAGGUCAGUGCUUGAAGUAAGGUGGUUUUCUGAAGCCCGAAAAUGAGAAAGUGUCUGCAUAAGUAAUCUCUAUGAUUUGGUGUCAUGUCCAAAUCAGAAGAGCCCGGUAAAAGGUUAGUACUUGCAAAGUGGAACAAAUGUUCUAUAUUAGCUGCAUGAACAGUUUUACUUGCGAACAAAAGUUUAAAAGAUAAGCUUCCAUAGAGUUACGUGAUGCUUGGGUCAGGUUUUGCGUAUUAUGAUCGAUUACCUCUCUAGUCUGGCCGAAAACAAGUCAUUCAUGCCGAGAUUAGAGAAUCUACAUGGAUGUCUUGAAGCUUGGUGUUAAGCAUUUGGAGCAGUGAAGAUUCAAAUCUAUGAUUUGUGGCAACUAGCACAUAACUAUUAACUUGUUCAUCCACCACUAAACACUCUCCUUUUGGUUUAGUCACCAGGGUUCAACUUCCAAUUUUCUUUUUUCCAAACCCUUGCAACUCAUUGUUUUCGCAUGUCAUGAUUAGGAGUGUUCAUGAUCUGUUUCGUCCAACUAACUCAUCUCAAUCUGAAAUUAAAUUUGAUGAAUUCAAGGAAGGUGUAUUCAUUUAGGAUUUCAAAAGACUUUUUUUAACAAGUCUUGGGAUAUUCAAUUAAGACAAUUAGGAUUUUUUGAAGGAAUCCAAUAAAAUUCGUUUGUAUUUAA